AUGCCUCCCCAGGUUAAGACUAAGGCCCAAAAGGCCGCCGCCGCUAUGGCCGGUUCCAAGGCUGGUAAGAAGAAGAAGUGGUCCAAGGGCAAGGUGAAGGACAAGGCCAACAACGCCGUCAUCCUCGACAAGGCUGUCUUCGACCGAAUCGUCAAGGAGGUCCCCACCUACAAGCUCAUCUCUCAAUCCGUCCUCAUCGACCGAAUGAAGAUCAACGGCUCCCUCGCCCGAAGGGCCAUCGCCUACCUCGAGAAGGAGGGUUUGAUCAAGCGAGUCGUCCACCACAACGCCCAACUUAUCUACACCCGGGCUAUCGCUGGCAAGGAUUAG